AUGAGUUUUGCGGACCAGUUACAGAAGCAAAAAAUGAAGCUAAAAGGAACAGAUACGAUUAUAACAAAUGCCGACGGACAAAGGUAUAUAGAAAGCAAAACCAAUGAGAAAAUAGUCCUCAGCCCCAACGCGUACGGCUUUGUCGUAGACAAUAAACCUGACAAUACGCCCGCGUUGAUCACAGAACAUCUAUACGUAGGGUCGCAGGAUUGCACCGCCGAGAACGUGCUAGUGCAGCACGACAUCAGGCACGUGUUAAGUUUAGGCGUCAAAGUACCACUGAAAAUCGAUUAUAAAUAUAUCGAUUGUCUCGAUUUACCGGAAAUCGAUGUGAGACCUUUACUCGGGAAGAGCCUGCCGUAUCUGCGUGACUGCGUGCUCUUGAAACAGAAUGUUCUUGUGCAUUGUAAUGCGGGUGUGUCUAGGACUUCGACUGUGGCUAUAGGAUAUCUGAUGCAAUAUGAGAAUAUGAGUUUCGACGAAGCGCACAAACUCGUGAAGACGAAAAGACCAGCUGUAAGACCAAACGAUGGGUUUAGGAAGCAAUUGGAGCAACUGAAACCUGGUGAAUUGAUUUAA